CCCCCCCCCCCCCCCAGCAUGGCGGUCCCACGUGACCUCGUCCACGACCAAUCAGAAGACGAAGAAGAAGAAGCGGAAGAGGAAGCGUCGGAUAGCGGAAGUGACAUCACUGGAGGACCGGCUCCUUACCCGGCGGACUUCCGGCCGCUCCGCUCCACGUGCCCGCCCCCCACGUGUCGCCGCCCGGCCCCGCCCCCCCCCCUGUCCCGGAACCCGCUCGUGUCACCGCUGCUCGCCACCGACAGCGCGCUCAGGGGGCUGCCGGCUGUGCACAUCGUGGCGUGUGAGCAGGACCCCCUAUUGGACGACGCGUGUCCUUUCGGGCUCGCCAUAGAGCCCCCAUAG